CCUUUGGGACUGCUAUUUUCAAGGUAAAUUAGGCACCCCAGCUAAAGUUCGAUCAAUGACUUUCAGAACUUAGUGCUUAAAUAAGCUGCCUCUCCCUUCCCACCCACAAUGUGUAUUGCAAAAAUAUAAAUAUUAUUCUGUUAUAAGGUACAGUACUGCAUGCAAUGGGACAUUUGAUUCCUACCUAUGCUGCGCCUGGUGGUAUUCCAGAUACAGAAUGCGGGGGAAACCCCCAUGUGAUCUGGCUUAUACAGCAGCCAUGCAAUCUCCUUCAGGAGGGUGUGGUCUUCCAGGGGGUUCACAUUCCCACAACUGGAAUGAAAAAGGAAGGAAGCAGCGGUUGCAUGGAAAAUGGCCAAAGGAAAUAUGGAGGGCCGCCACCAGGCUGGGAUGGACCACCACCAGAAAGAGGCUGUGAGAUUUUCAUUGGAAAAUUACCCCGUGACCUCUUUGAAGAUGAACUCAUCCCGUUAUGUGAAAAAAUUGGAAAAAUCUAUGAAAUGCGGAUGAUGAUGGACUUCAAUGGAAACAACAGGGGAUAUGCUUUUGUGACAUUUUCUAACAAACAGGAGGCCAAAAAUGCAAUCAGGCAACUGAAUAAUUAUGAAAUUAGGAAUGGUCGACUCCUAGGGGUUUGUGCCAGUGUAGACAACUGCCGUUUAUUUGUAGGAGGAAUCCCGAAAACGAAGAGGAGGGAAGAAAUUUUGGCAGAGAUGAGGAAAGUUACGGAUGGUGUCAUUGAUGUCAUUGUGUAUCCCAGCGCUGCCGAUAAAGCCAAGAAUCGUGGUUUCGCUUUUGUGGAAUAUGGAAGCCAUCGGGCAGCAGCUAUGGCAAGGCGGAAACUGCUGCCAGGAAGGAUACAAUUAUGGGGACAUCCCAUAGCUGUAGACUGGGCAGAGCCAGAGGUUGAAGUUGAUGAAGAUACAAUGUCAUCAGUCAAAAUCCUCUAUGUGCGAAAUCUUAUGUUAUCAACCACGGAAGAGACAAUUGAAAAAGAAUUCAACAAUAUUAAACCAGGGUCAGUGGAACGGGUAAAGAAAAUCAGAGACUAUGCAUUUGUGCACUUUAAUAACAGAGAAGAUGCUGUUGAAGCCAUGAAAGUGUUAAAUGGAAAGGUAGUGGAUGGCUCUCCCAUUGAAGUCACAUUAGCCAAGCCAGUAGACAAAGACAGCUAUGUUAGAUACACCAGAGGCACAGGAGGGCGAGGAACAGUGUUGCCAGAAUAUACUUAUACAUUUGGGCACGUAUAUGAUCCUACUGCAGCCUACUUGGGAGCCCCAGUAUUCUAUGCACCUCAAGCCUAUGCUGCUAUUCCCAACCUUCAUUUUCCUGCUGCGAAAGGACAUCUCACCAACAGGGGCAUUAUCAGGCCACCAUCCAUCAGAGAAAUUUACAUGAAUGUACCUGUAGGGGCUGCCGGAGUUAGAGGACUAGGAGGACGUGGCUACUUGGCUAACCCUGCCCUGGGUCGUGCAUACCAGCUCAAGGGAGAGAAAAAAGGGGAUGACAAGCUCUACGACCUUUUGCCAGGAAUGGAGCUUACGCCAAUGAAUCAUGGCAGUUUAAAACCGCAAGGAAUCAAACUUGCUCCACAGAUAUUAGAAGAGAUCUGCCAGAAGAAUAACUGGGGACAGCCAGUCUACCAACUUCAUUCUGCCAUUGGGCAAGACCAAAGACAGCUGUUCUUGUACAAAAUCACCAUUCCUGCCCUUGCCAGUCAAAAUCCAACUAUGCAUCCCUUCACGCCAUCCAAGCUAAGUGCCUAUGUAGAUGAAGCCAAAACAUAUGCAGCAGAAUAUACUCUUCAGACCUUGGGCAUUUCCAUUGAAGCAACAGAGGCCCCUGCGGCUACAGCAACUUUCCCAGGAUACAUUGCUAAUGCAACUGCCGCAGUGGCAGCUACUCAACUCAAGCAAGCAGUGACUCUGGGACAAGAUUUGGCAACCUACGCAACCUAUGAAGCUUAUCCAGCAUUUGCAGUAGCUACUCGGAGUGAUGGAUAUGGAGCAUUCUAAAAAAACAACCCAAAUGGCCUGUGUAAUUUAAAGCAAUGUCUUACAUUUAAUCAAGCUAUGGCAGGGGGCAGGAGCUACUUCAAGCUAAUGAUUAGUCAGGUUCAAUAUGAUUCUGAAUUAGUGAUAGGGCAAAUUCUGAUGUAGCAAGGCUUCACUGCUUUUAGAAUAGCAGUUUAAUAAUGGUAGACACUGAUUUUUAUUUUUAAAUCCACUUUUUUUUUUACAAGCAGGGGGGUAAGCCUAACCUAAGAAGGAAAAGAAAACUUAAAGCGUGUGUUGUUUCAUUUGUGUUUACAAACGAUGUUCCUUAAUUGCAAUUUUCAAUAGUAUUUUUGUAAUAAUGUAAAGCAAUGGUUUUCAACCAGUAUGCCGUGGCACCCUUGGGUGCCUUGAAUGAUGGUCAGUGGGCCAUGGGCAACACUGGCCUCUGUCCCUCUUUCCUCCCCUCCCUUCCUCUAAUGCCCUCUCACAUCUCUGCCUCCCCAAGGCUUGCACAGCUGUUUAUUGCAGCAGCCCUGGCUACAAGCUUCCCAGGCGAAUGGUGCCUCUGGGGCUGGCCAGAGGGUGCUUCCCAGGCCCCUGUAGGGCAGUGUGAGGAGGCACCUCUCCUUGGGGCAGUGGCAGCAGCUGCCUGGAGGACUCCCAAGGCUAGGGGAGAGGAGAGAGGAGGCUAAGGGAACACUCCACAAGGGAGGGUGAUCAAACAAGGGUGAGAGGCUGCCAGCUCUGCAGGCAAGGAGUGACAUAACUGGGCUCCUGAGCCCCACAGGGGUGCUGUAGAAAGAAUGUAGUUGGUCAAGGAAGCCGUGGACUCAAAAAGGUUGAAAACCUCUGACGUAGAGUUUUUUAAGUCGUGGGGCUUUUAUAUUUCUCAGAUAUUCUUGUUGUGAAGCAUUUCAUGUAGGUAUGAAUCCUGCUUAUGACGGUGUGCUAGCUAUAAUCUUAGGGCUAAACUAGAUGCUCCAUUAGAUGCUUGACUGCAUUUAAAGGUGUUUUUAAAUGCAAAUAGCAGACACUGCAGGGGAGGGGACCCUGAAUAUUGCUGAGGUCACUGCAGACAGGAUGGGGAAAUUUAACCCUUUCCUCUCCUACGGUUGCCCUAUUCAUCCAAGGCUCUCAUUGGUACCACUGGCUUCUGUCCUGCAUGCUGGAAAGUAUAUUGGAGCUUAGAAGUAUGGAAGCAAUGUCUCAAAGAUAAAUAAAUUGGUCCCAAUGUUCAUUUUCAAUCUUUUAGAAACAUUAUAUGGCUGAAUAAUUAUUCUGGAAUUUUUAGCUUCAAAUAUUAAAGAAAGGUCCUAUUCAACUUUA